UGUGUGUGUGUGUGUGUGUGUGUGUGUGUGUGUGUGUGUGUGUGUGUGUGUGUGGUGUAACUAGUGCAUUUGCUUCCAUUAAAACUGCAGCCUGACCUUCUCUAGUCUGUCCUCCUCCUCCUCCUCCUCACCUUGUGCAACACGAUGAGUGAUGCUUUUUAUUUACUUCCUUUAUGCAACCAUGGAGACUCGGUUUAAUGCGUUUUACCUGAAAUAAUUGUCAUUAUUUCACAUUGCAACAUGCAUGGAUGUGAUGGAGAUGUGAUGGACAUGUGAGUGCUGGAGAUGUGCUGGAGACGUGCUGGAGAUGUGAGUGCUGGAGAUGUGCUGGAGAUGUGAGUGCUGGAGAUGUGAUGGAGGUGUGACGGAGAAACUCUUAUAGAACCCGCCAUAUUUGCCCAGGAGAAGAGCUGCAAGUGUCGAGCGCCCCAUGAGAAGCUGAGUGUUGCGCAGGCUCGACUCGGCACUCCCGUGGACCGACCGGUGCGCGUCUAUGCAGAUGGGAUUUUUGAUCUUUUCCACUCCGGCCACGCCAGAGCGCUGAUGCAGGCUAAGAAUCUCUUCCCCAACACGUACCUGAUAGUCGGAGUUUGCAGCGAUGAACUCACUCACAAGUACAAGGGCUUCACGGUGAUGACCGAGGAGGAGCGUUACGAAGCGUUACGACACUGUCGUUACGUGGACGAGGUGGUGCGAGACGCUCCCUGGACCCUCACGCAAGAGUUCCUGAAAAAACACAAGAUUGACUUUGUGGCCCACGAUGAUAUCCCGUACUCCUCGGCUGGAUCUGAGGACGUGUACAAACAUAUAAAGGAGGCAGGGAUGUUUGUGCCUACUCAAAGGACAGAGGGGAUCUCCACAUCUGACCUGAUCACUCGUAUCGUGCGCGAUUACGACGUUUACGCCAGACGCAACCUGGAGCGCGGAUACACGGCCAAGGAGCUGAACGUCAGCUACAUCAGCGUAACCACUCCACACUCACACACACACAUUUCAUUAAAACCAUCUGAACGCAACACACAUCUCAGUUGUAACGAUCACACUGAACCAUCCGGACAGGAGAAGAAAUACCGUCUGCAGAGCCAGGUGGACAGGAUGAAGGAGAAGGUGCGGACGGUGGAGGAAAAAUCCAAACACUUUGUGUAUCGUGUGGAGGAGAAGAGCCAUGACCUUAUCCAGAAAUGGGAGGAGAAAUCGCGCGAGUUUAUUGGGAACUUUCUGGAACUCUUCGGUCCCGAUGGCACAUGGAAGCAGAUGUUUCAGGAGCGCAGUGGCCGUAUGAUCCAGGCGCUCUCUCCCCGUGGUUCUCCCAGCAGUAGUCCUCCCAGGGAUUACUCUCCGUCCCGCUCUCCCUCUCCUCCGUCCCGCUGGGCCAUGCCAAGGACCUCGCCUCCAUCUUCUCCCAAAGGCGCCUCGGCCUCCAUCAGCAGCAUGAGCGAGGGAGACGAGGACGAGAAGUGAGGAUGAGGAGCCAGGAUCGGGAGCGAUGACUCACACACCCUAAUCACUCACGAGAAGUGAGGAUGAAGAGCUAGGACCAGGAGCGAGGACUCACACACUUUAAUCACUCACUCACUCACACACACACACACACACACACACACACACCUUUCCCCUGUACACUCCAGCAGUGACGAGCUUCACCAGUCUACACACAGACUAAAAUAUUGUACAUUUGCUGUAUGCAAUCGGAGAUCGAUCGCGUCGUUUUCUUGAGCUUUUCUGAUUUCUAACGAGUUCACAUGAAAGCCAUUGAUUUAUUCUCUUUAGCAGUGAGGAGAUGAUGUAGAUACGAGUUAAGGACGAGGAGUGUUGAGUGAUUUGCCUUUUCUUGCUCAGGUCUGACUGAAAUGUAAAGACCGUCCGUGUGAAGUACUGUACGUCUCUGUCUGAGGGUUUUAUUUGCCUGUUUACAGACAGAGACACUUGAAGUUAUUUGUUUCCGUAGUCUCUCGAUCGAACCUGUUAUUAUCCUCCGUAUCGUUAAAGGAACAGUUUGGACAAACAAACACACGUGUAGUGGAUCAGCUGAAACACGCUUCACCGUCUGACCUCCGCUUCUUUGGUUUAGUCCAAACACGACAUUAAUAGUACGAACAACUCUUUAGGCUGCUUAGAAAUUUGGUAAGCUUAUAUUUAAAGAACUGAAAUCACUCCUAAAUAGAUAAACCCCGCCUUCAGGCCUCAGGCCACGCCCCUUACCCGAGCCUGAUCCUGGUGUGGAGUGAGAUCUAGCUUGGCAUCAGGAUCUUAUGCUACGAUUGGUUUGGAGUGAGAUGUCGGUGUAGGACACACAUUUAGUGCACAGUGCUAAACUGGUAACAAUAGUCUGAGUCACUGGUUUUGUUAUUCAUUAGCAACGUGAUAAAGGAGCGAUGGUCCGACUCCCGGUUUCAUCUUUCAGCUGACUGAAAACUCAGCGUUUUUAUUUUUGUCCAGAUUGCUCUUAAGCGAUGUAUCGGUGACGUUAUUAGGGGUCGAGGUUCUUUAAAAUGGUCGCGUCAUCAUCUUCUAGGUAAAAUGACCGCUACCUCCACCCUCCACGUCCUCCUCCUGCUUCCAUCUGCGAUCAAAUUCACGUCCGACAUCAGGAGAGAGAUGAGCUCAUCGGUGUGAGCCGUCAGGCAGACGGUCACGUGUCUUCAUGAAACGCUGUAAAGUCUAACUGUUAAAACGUUCGAUCUAACCGCUAGUGCUGACGUCACGUGGUGUAAACGCUAAUGCUAACGAGUUGUCACGUUACAUGCCCUGGAUGCAAACUUGCACUGUGUACAAACCCGUGUACAGACGUGUCGUUUUUGUUCACGUGUUAUUUUAUACCUACAUCUGGAAAUGACUAAACGUGCGAAUAAACGAAAGGGAAACGUGUGGAA